GAUUAAGAACAGGACCAUUCUAGUGACAACAUUGAUACAAUGUUGUUGUAGGAUCAUGCACUGUGUUUAACGACAGACAUGUUCAUAUGUCACUUUAUGAAAAUACAAAAAUGUUCAAAGCUAAAAUAAUGUGAAUUAUCCUAAUGGUUUUAAUAUAUACUGUAUCUUGGUUUAAAUGACACAAGGUUGCUUUAACUGUAACUGCAAGGAGAAAACACAAAAGAUUCUUUAGCACAAAGGUGAAGUCUUCAGCACUCAGAAUAAAUGGAGAACAAAGAUCUGCCUCUCAUCCCAAAUGAGUUUCAGGAGAAUGGGUCAAUGUGUGAAGAAUCACUUGAGUUUGACGGAAGGAAUCUCUCAAAGCUGAACCUCUGUGAAGAAAGACCAGCAGGAAGGAGAGGCACAGCAAGCAGUUUUUGCAACCACUGGAACUCGAUGGCAGGGAUCAAGUGUGCGAUAGCAGUCCUGUAUCUUCUUGUUUUCCUCAUUUGUGUUGGAAUUGUCACUGUUGCAGUUUCCAGAUAUCAACGUCCAUCCGCUGAUUGGAAAAUAUUGACAGACAAUGUUACAAACUUAGGCGAAGGCUUCAAAGACAUGCGUCAAACAAUGGAGCAGAAGGCACCCAAGGAAGAUGUCAUGGAUAAUAUUUUCAAACUGCGUGAGCUUUUCCAGAAUCACUCAAUCCUAUUCUUUCAACUGAGUCAGUCUGUUCAGAAACUGGAAAACAAGUUACAGAGCUUCGAGGCACGUAUGGAUGACAUUAAUGCAUCUGUGAAUGAUUUAGAAGAUGAUUUACAACAGUUUAGUUCAACAAACAGACAAGAGAUAUACAAUUUAUCUACAAGUUUAAACAUUGCACAGGAUACACUCCGACUCCAGCAAGCAAACUUGAAACAAAUAACAUCAAAUGUAGGAAAUCUGAGCAGGCAGAUAAAGGAGGCACAUUGGACACUAAAUGCAGUCAACAGCACCAUCACAGAGGACAUUAGCAUCCACCACACAAGUCUACUGCAUCUUCAAAUACAAUUAGCAAAUGUGUCAGAAGAUGCAAAGAUCUUGAAAGGCAUUCAGCAAAACAUGGAGAAACAACUGAAAGAUGAGGUAGCCGUACUCAACAAUGUCACAGAGGAUCUGAAACUGAAAGACUGGGAACAUUCAGUUACUCUGAAAAAUCUUACCUUAGUGCAAGGACCUCCUGGGCCAAAAGGUGACAAAGGUGAUGAAGGCUUGGAGGGACUUCCUGGACCGAUUGGCAUAACUGGGAAAAGAGGUUUACCUGGUCUGCCAGGAGUUCCUGGAAUAGCAGGCCUCAAAGGAGAUCCAGGAGAGCGUGGAUUACCUGGAAUUUCUGUCAAGGGACAAAAAGGAUCAUGGGGUCGCAGAGGUGAAAGAGGAAGAAAAGGAGAAAAGGGAGAGAAGGGGGAUAGCGGAGAAAUUGGACCUAUCAUAAGACUGGUGAAUGGCUCAGGACCUCAUGAAGGCAGGGUGGAAGUUUUCUAUGACCAGCUAUGGGGAACGGUUUGCGACGAUAAAUGGGACAAGCAGGAUGCCGAAGUGGUCUGCAGGAUGCUCGGUUACAAAGAAGGUUCUGAAAUUCAUACAGCCAAUAAAUUUGGACAAGGUACUGGCCGUAUCUGGAUGGACGAUGUUGCAUGUACAGGAGCAGAGGACACAAUUCUUCAAUGCAAAUUCUCAGGAUGGGGAAAGACUAACUGUGGGCAUGCAGAGGAUGCAGGGGUUAUCUGCAAAACUGACUGAUUCAGAAAGGCAACCAUUAAUCAUUUAAAGGGCAUCGUUCAUUCUGAAUGGUAUUUGUUUCUGCUUUGAUUUCUCUUCUACUGUUAAAAACCUUAUUAAAAGCAAGCCUAUUCUCUACUUUCCAUAAUUUUAUCACUUUUAUGCCACGACAACUGUGGAAAGCAAUUAUAUUCAAGAAGUAUUAUGUGUGAAAAAUUCAAGACCAUUAUUAUAAAUAUAGUUACAUAAUUUGAUAACCACCAUUUUAUGCACUGAAGAAUAUGGGCCCUGAUUUUAUUGUGCAUGUUACUGACAUGAUGUUGAAAAGCAGCAGUAGCAGAAAAUGCUACUACUGUCAUUUGUUCCUCCUAUUGUAUUGGUAUUGCAUUACAAUGUGUAUGCUGGGACGAUCUGUGGUAGAUUGGUACUCCAAGUGUCCAAACAAAAUCUGAUUAAUUUGUUGUACCAAAAUUUAUUUUUCCAAGACAUUCCUUCAAAUAGUCCAUUCAUUAACAGGUUUGAUGUAUUGAUUAUUAUCUUAUCCAGAGCACAAUGGCACAGUUUUGUUUAAGGAUUAAUCACAUUUAGCUGUGUAGUGGUUCAAUAUUCUGAUCCUCAAACAUAACUUUUAGAAAUGGAAUGAAGCGAAUUGUGCCCGUGGCUUCCCACAUGACCAGUUCCUAAUCUUAGCAUGUUAGAAUAUAAGAAUAGGGAAUAGGCCAUUCAGCCCCUCAAGCCUGUUCCACUAUUUGAUUAGACCAUAGCUGAUCUGCACCUCAAUCAUGAUUACCUGCCUUUACUCCAUGGGCUGGAUUUUACGGGGCGUCGUUGUCUCCACCCAACCAGCUGGAAGUCCAGGUGAAGAAUGGAUGUUAAUGGAAUGUAUGUGGGACCCGUGAGGGACAUACAUCCCAUCUCAUAGAGCUGCCAGCCAAUCAGAGGCCAGCAACUCUCCAAUCCUGGUACCGAUGGCUGCUGCCUGUACUGCACUUGUGUGAUGAUGGGGCAUCCAACACUGGAUCACUGGCACUAGUGAGGGGUUUGGGGUUUGAGAUGCCAUUGAGGAAUGGGAACCUGGGGUUGGAGGCAGAGGGUUGGGUUACACCUUGAGGGCCCUUCAAAGGGCCCAGGUAGGACCCACCCACUGCCUGUCACCAACCCCUGCGGGGUUGGGCGCCUGGCAUGGGCCUCUCCCAUUGCCAGUUUAAUCCUGUUGCAGCGGCAGAAUGGAGCCCUUAAGUGGGAAUUCUUUACCAACUUAAAGUCUUCAAUUGGCCCACUGGUGGCUGGCUGCCUGAUGCCACCAAUCCACUGGUAAAAUUGUGGUGGGGGCAGGGACAGAUGAGUAGACAGUGGGAAAGCUGCCUGCUGGAUUUCAUGUUCUGCAGGGAGUGUAUAAUGCAGUCCCAUAUUUCUUGUGAUCUAAGAGAAAUUUAUUGAUCAGAAUAUGUGAAUAUUAUAUACCCUGUAAGAUGGUAGCAUAGUGGUUAUGUUUUUGGAUUAAUAAGCAAGAGGCCGUUUAGUCCAUGAACUAACGAGCCGGAGACAUCAGUUCAAAUCUCAUCAUGGGAACUGGGGAAUUUAAAUAAAUCUAGAAUUAAAGACUUGUAUUGGUAAUGGUGACUAUGUAACUACUGGAUUGUUUUUCUAAUUCUUUCAUGGGAUGUGAGUGUCACUGGUUAGCCCAGCAUUUAUUGCCCAUCCCUAAUUGCCCUUGAGAAGGUGAUGGUGAGCCACCUUCUUGAACCACUAACAGUCCAUGUG